AUGAAUGGAGAUAAUGACGUGGAGCGUAAUUUCACUUACGAAAUCAGCGAUCGGGAUGGUCAAGAUGUCACGCAGGAUUCUUUAACAGAGGAAGCGAAGUCGCUUCUUAAUACUUGUAAACCGAUGCAGAUCGACAUUUCCCAGAAAGAACACACACCAGAGAAUUGUCAAAAUUGCGCUUUAACUCCCAGUACAAUUAAACACAUAAGAAAUGUUUCGUCAGAUGCAACACCUGUAGGGGCAGCUUUUAGCGAAGGCACGCUAUCGGUACCGCAUCGUCGUACUUAUCUAAAUAUUUCUGAAACUAAGGAGGAAAACAAACAACUUAAGGCGCAAGUAUUCGACUUGAAAUCACAACUGUUUGUGCUGAAAAGAAAUUUGCCGUCAAUACUGAAUAAUGAAGGAAAAGAUUUCACUGAAGAAUAUCUGAUAAUGCAAACGGAACUGGAUAAUGAGAAAGUUCGUCGGGUAGAAAUAGAACAAAUGUGGCAGUUACAAAAGAAAAAAUUUGAUGAAGAAAGAUCGAAAUUUGAAAGUGAGAGAAAAGAUUGGGAAAAAAACCGCGAAAGGCUUCUUAUGGAUAAGGAUGAACUUGUAACCGAAUUGAAAGAGCUUCACCAGCAGUUAUCUGAAAGACAUGGUGAACGCGAUGAUGGUAGCGAAAGUCAAGGCGACAGUUCUUUGAGCACUAUUUCGUUGAUAUCGGAGAGAAGCAUGGAAAUCGAGAAACUGCGUUCGAUAGCUCUCCAGCAAAGUUUCGAUGAGAAGAAGCUUCGAAUGAAACUGGAACGUGAUAUAAUUCAAUUGCAAGAUCAGCUAAAGCUUGCUCAAAAUGAUUUGGCGAAGCAGACUGCUUAUUACACAAAAGAGAAAACGCGUUGUGAAAUAUUAAAAGCUGAAAUGACGAAGCUUCAACAAACCGCGGACGAAGCCAAGCAGGAACUAGAAUAUCAGAAGCAGAUCUUUGAAGAACAAUUAGCAAAAGCUCAUACUAUCAACGAAGUUGCAUUGAGUAAGCGAGACCGCACCAUUCGUAUAUUGCUAAAAAAAUUAAAAUCAGGAGAUGCUGAAACGUCCUCCAGUUCGAAACUCGAGAAGAACAGCUCCUGCUUGCUGCAUCAUGAUGUUCCCAAUUUAAAUCCUUAUGCUCAAGGAAUACUGGAUCAAAUUAAUGAGUUUACUGCCGAGAAUGAUGCUAUUAGAAAGAAAGUAAUUGAAUGGGGUGCUGUAAAUACCGAUCUAUUGUCAGAAAUUGAACCCAGCGAAACGCCAUCCGCGGAAGAUGAAAGCUCGGAAUGGAAUACUAAGCGCUGUGAACGUGAAAAUGAAAAAUUAGCAGCAUUCUUAGCACAAAAUAAAAUUAUUACUGAUGAUUCAAACGAGGAAGAAUUGGGAGGAAAACUUGCAUUGUUUGAUGCUGUAAAUGGUUCCGGAGAGCGAUAUUCGAAUGAACAACUUGGUAAUACUACGCGAAGUAUAGGAGCUUCUGACAUGUUAAAUAUAACGUCAGCAGCUGAUCUUUUGAGCAAGUCUUUGGUAUUGACAGAGGAUCUCGGUGAAGUUAAGAAAAAACUUUCGGUUUUGCAGUCUGCCUGCACACGUCUCUUCGAGAAAUUGCGUGGCACAGCUAACUUUUUGCAGACUCUUCUUGAUGAAUUGGGUGCAGGUGACCGAGGCAGAGAACUGCUUGCUGAGAUAGAAGCACUUCGCAUUGAUCUUGACCACUCACUGGCAACAGCUAUUGAUAUUAGCCGUGAUGUUGAAGCCGCGGAAGAAAGCAUCGGAGAACUGUCUGCUCAUCUGCAACGUUCAUUAUUAAAUUGUUCUUUUGGUAUAUCAUCGGUACCAUCCAGUGAAAAUCAGCAGAAUGCAUCGGCUCUUUCACGAGCUCAUAAAGCCUAUAGACAAUUAAACACGGACUUAGCAAAUGAAAAGAUGAAAGCAAAUGAAGCUGCAGAACUUAAUGAAAAGUUGCAAGCACGUAUUACUGACUUGGAAGAAUCAAAGCAGAAACUGAUCGAUGAGCUGGAUCAAUUGAAGAAAAACUUGGCAGAAAAAGAAAAUGAAAUGAUUUCAUCAAUGAAAGAUAAGGAAACAGAGCUUCAGUACAAGAAUCAACAGUACAAUGACCUGUAUGGAAAAAUGCAAGAACUUCAACAAAAAGUUAAAACAAAAGAAACUCUUGUUACAGAAAAAGAAGUCCAAAUGAAACAGCUAAAUGAUCAAAUGACUGGGAAGUGUCACGAAUUGGAAACUCAAGUUGUAGAACUUACGCAUAUUCUGAAAAUAAAGGAUGAAUCGAUCAAGGAGAUUACUGAAUUAGACAACAAGAUGUAUGAAUUAAUUGGCAAUUUGAAAGAAAGUUUGGGAAUUGUUGGAGAGCAAAUUAACAAACCGAUUAUAGAAGCAGCAAAUACGGAAAUAGCAGCAUUGGCUCAGCUGUCUCAGAUUGGAGCAGAUCUUGAAGAACUCACUAAAAUUAGUCAUUAUAUUGAUGAGUUAAGAAAUCAGUCGGUUAAGCUUCAACAAGAUUUGGAUCUGUGUGAAAGAAGUCGCAGUGCUAUCAGUUUAAAAUGUCGCGGAUUAUCUGAUCAGAAUGCUUAUCUUGAAACAGAGCAUAAUGAAGCUAAACAGAAGUUAUUAACUCUUCAACAACAAGUUCAAGCGGAGAAGGAGUCGCUUAAAGUGAUGGAAAGAGAUUUGCAACGUCUAAAAUCUGAGAAUAGCUGUAUCAAGGAAAAUAAUGAAAGAUUAACAAAUAUGUUAAUGAAUGUCGAAGCGAAAUACGAAGAAUUAAUUUCGAAGCCAAAUCGCAGUUCUCUUUCUGAGAAGCAACAUUCUAAACAAUAUACAACGACAAUUGGUACUAUGACUGCUGUUUCUUCACAUGAUUUUGUUGAAUUAACGAAUAAGGCAAAAAAACUAUCUUCAUUUACGAAACGGAUGUAUACACUUGCAGCGCAAUGGAAUAACGAGGCCGCAGUUAACUGCGGGGUUUCACAUAAAUCGGUCGAUCUAGAUGACUUGUACCACACAUAUGCCCGAAUUUUGAAAGGCUUCUCAGAUGGAAUCAAUGAAAUGCGAGAGAAAAUAAUGUCGGAAGAGGCCAAACUGCAAUUAUAUAUUUCUGAAAAUCAACAAAAUUUGCAACAAACUAGAACUGAAAGUUCAAGAUCAAACAAUGACGAAUUAGAAUUGAUAUCAGUUGACCUUGGAACACUAUUUAAUGAUGCCAAUAAAAUUGUUCAAAAGCUCAAGAUCAUUUCAAACAAAUCACAUGAGGCAGAAAUGUCGGAAGUGCUGUUGAAUAUGAGAUUAUUACGACUUCAGAUCGCUUCCUUGUGCACAUAUUCGCAAGAUCUUGAGAAAACUAAAGAAAAUAUUGCUCCGAUGGAAGAACUUCAAUUAGAAAAUGAACGCUUACAAUCAGUGCUUACCGAUGCAAAGGUUUUGUUGCAACGAGCUCAUGAACGACUGAGUAAAUUGCCUAAUUCGAGCGACAUGUGUGAACAGAUAUUGCAUGAAAUGAACGAAAUUAGUAAAGCAAUGAAAGUAACAACGCGUGAGGUACAUCGUGUAGGAAGUCGAAAUAAAUGCAAAAAGCCAUAA